CGGAUCGUUCUCCACGGGCACGCGGCGGGAUUAGUAUUUUCUGCACUUCGGGGGGGAAAUAUGAGAGGGAACUAAAUCGCACUGGCUGCUGUUUUAACUGGAUGAAAGGAGGCGAGGUAACCUAACAGAUGAUGAUUUAAAGACAUUAUGCCAGACCAUGAUCUGUCGACGCCAUCGUCAGGUUUAUCCAUGCGGGUGAUACACUGCUAUGGUGAAACAAAAUGCAGUAGCUGAAUGCAGAGCCAUAGCAUGGGGUGAUGAGGACUCUCCUCGGCUGACCUCGGUGCAGAUGACUAGGGAUGGCCACAGCAUCACCUCAGCAUUUGUUGGAUGACAUAAUAAAUAACGGACAACAGCAGCAGGAGCAGCAGGAGUUCUUGAGCUCUUUGGAGACGGUUUCUCUCACCAUCUUCCUCUCCAUUGUCAUUAUUAUGACUGUGUUUGGCAACCUGCUGGUUAUGGUUGCACUCUGUAAGGACAGGCAUCUGAGAAGAAAAAAGACCAACUACUUCAUUGUCUCUCUGGCCUUCGCGGACCUGCUGGUGGCGCUGGUUGUGAUGCCCUUCGCUGCGAUCGAGUUAACCACCGGCCAGUGGUACUUUGGAGAAAUUUUCUGCCUGGUGCGAACCUCUCUGGAUGUUUUAUUGACCACAUCGUCCAUCCUGCACCUCUGCUGCAUUGCACUGGACAGAUAUUACGCCAUCUGCUGCCAGCCGCUUGUCUACAGACAUAAGAUGACCCCAGUGAGAGUGGCAGUUAUGCUCAGCGGCUGCUGGCUCAUCCCCACAUUAAUCUCCUUUCUACCCAUCAUGCAAAGCUGGAACGCUAUUGGGAUCGAGGACAUUAUCGAAGAGAGGCAAACCCUAAUGGGAGGCUCCAACGACACAAGCUGCGUGUUUCUGGUCAACCGGCCUUAUGCCCUGAUCUGCUCUGCCGUCGCCUUCUACGUGCCACUGGCCCUCAUGGUUCUGGCCUAUCAGCGCAUCUAUGUCACCGCCAUGAUCCAUGUCAGACAGAUAGAGACACUUCAGCGCGCCGGCUCCGCUCCGGUUACAGGUUCGGAUCCGGUUGUGACUGUUCGGUCUUCUACCUCCUCUGAUCCACUGGAUCACUACUGCCUGAGGACAGCAAGCGGGUCCCCGCCCACAGAACAGGCUCACGGAGGACACAGCCGCAUGCGCAUUGAGACGAAGGCGGCGAAGACACUGGCCAUCAUAAUGGGCUGCUUCUGCCUGUGCUGGGCGCCGUUUUUCAUCACCAAUGUGGUGGACCCCUUCAUUCAUUACUCUGUACCCUGGCAGCUGUGGACAGCCUGGCUGUGGCUCGGGUAUAUUAACUCAGGAUUGAACCCCUUCCUGUACGCCUUCCUGAACCGGGCUUUUCGAAGGGCGUUCCUUGUGAUUCUCUGCUGCGGAGACGAACGUUACACUCGGCAGGGGAGCUUCUCCCGUGGAAAUAUCCAACGGCCCUGCUCCGCCCCCUCAGUCAAUGGGACCUCCAUGGCUCUGAGAUUGUCCUUCCUGCCAAACCGAAGCUACAGCGAUAAUGGCCGGACAAUCCUUGCCAACGAACAGGAGUCCCAGGACUCUCUUGGGCCGCUAUGAAGAUGACUUUACGGGACCAGAACUGUGAACCUCUCAUCAGAUGUGUGGGAUUCUUAACUCGAAACGUCUCGGCAUCCGUGAUCUGAACAGUUUACUUUAAUGCAAGCUGACCUGCCAUAAAACUGUGGUUUCUACAUGAUCAUUGGCUGCUUUAUAAUACGGAAGUGACAGCUCAGUGAGGAUGAACUCUGCUUACAGACUGUGACAUGCGAGGCAUUUGCUGCUACUAAUGUUUGUUUUUUUUUUUAAAAAGAGCACAAUAUAAAUGCAUCAAUAUAAAUUAAACAUUAAGCAUAUUAA